AUGGAGACGUAUGAGAGCCCCUCUCCUCUCCCGCGUGAGCCCGCAGGAGAAGUGGUGAUGGAGAAACGUGCUUGCCCCCUCCCAGCGCUGCCCCGUGAACAGUCUCCACCACCUCCCCUGCAAACGUCCAGUGAUGCAGAGGUAAUGGACGUUGGCUCUGGUGGUGAUGGACAGGCCGAACCCCCGGCGGACGACCCUCUCAACUUCUACGGAGCUUCUCUUCUCUCCAAAGGAUCCUUCUCGAAAGCCCGUCUCCUCAUAGACCCGAACUGUAGUGGCUACAGCCCGCGCACCGCCCGGCACGCACCUGCGGUCCGGAAGUUCUCCCCUGACCUUAAGUUGCUUAAGGAUGUAAAGAUUAGUGUGAGCUUUACCGAGAGCUGCAGGAGUAAGGACAGGAAGGUGCUGUACACAGGAGCGGAGCGCGACGCUCGCGCCGAGUGCAGCCUGGCCCUUAGCCCUGUCAGCGGAGACGUGCAUGCUUGUCCCUUUGGCGGGAGUGUUGGUAAUGGGGUAGGCAUAGGGGGUGAGAGUGCUGAUAAGAAGGAUGAGGAGAAUGAUCUGGAUCAGGAAAAGAGAGUGGAGUAUGCAGUGCUCGAUGAGUUAGAAGAUUUUACUGACAAUUUGGAGCUAGAUGAAGAAGGAGCAGGCGGGUUCACGGCUAAAGCAAUCGUGCAAAGAGACAGAGUGGAUGAAGAGGCCUUGAAUUUCUCCUACGAGGAUGAUUUUGACAACGACGUUGAUGCUCUGUUGGAAGAGGGCCUUUGUGCUCCCAAAAAGAGGAGAGUGGAUGAGAAAUAUGGAGGAGACAGCGACCAUCCAUCGGAUGGAGAGACAAGCGUGCAGCCAAUGAUGACCAAGAUUAAAACCGUGCUCAAAAGUCGUGGCCGCCCACCUACAGAACCAUUGCCUGAUGGGUGGAUCAUGACAUUCCAUAACUCCGGAGUCCCCGUGUACCUACACAGAGAGUCUCGGGUGGUCACCUGGUCCAGGCCGUACUUCUUGGGAACGGGAAGCAUACGGAAACAUGAUCCUCCUCUGAGUAGCAUCCCCUGUCUGCAUUACAAGAAAAUGAAGGACAACGAGGAAAGGGAGCAAAACAGUGAGCUUUCCCCUAGUGGGGAGGUGUCCCCUGUCAAGCCCCUCAGUCGAACUGCAGAGCUGGAGUUUCCCCUGGAAGAGUCUGAAUCCAUGGGGGCCGACACGGGGCCCCCAGAUGAGAAGGACCCGCUGGGGGCUGAGGCUGCCCCUGGGGCCCUGGGGCAGGUGAAGGCCAAAGUGGAGGUGUGCAAAGACGAAUCAGUUGAUCUUGAGGAAUUUCGGAGCUACCUGGAGAAGCGUUUUGACUUUGAGCAAGUUACUGUGAAAAAAUUCAGAACUUGGGCCGAGCGGCGGCAGUUUAACCGAGAAAUGAAACGGAAACAGGCGGAGUCUGAGAGGCCCAUCCUGCCCGCCAAUCAGAAGCUCAUUACUCUCUCUGUGCAAGAUGCCCCCACCAAGAAAGAAUUUGUCAUUAACCCCAAUGGAAAAUCCGAGGUCUGCAUCCUGCACGAGUACAUGCAGCGAGUCCUGAAGGUCCGCCCGGUUUAUAAUUUCUUUGAAUGUGAGAACCCAAGUGAGCCUUUUGGUGCCUCGGUGACCAUUGAUGGUGUGACCUAUGGAUCUGGAACUGCAAGCAGCAAAAAACUUGCGAAGAAUAAAGCUGCUCGAGCUACGCUGGAAAUCCUCAUCCCUGAUUUUGUUAAACAGACUUCCGAGGAGAAGCCCAAAGACAGCGAAGAACUUGAGUAUUUUAACCACAUCAGUAUCGAGGACUCACGGGUCUACGAGUUGACCAGCAAGGCCGGACUGUUGUCUCCCUAUCAGAUCCUCCACGAGUGCCUUAAAAGAAACCACGGGAUGGGUGAUACAUCCAUCAAGUUUGAAGUGGUUCCUGGUAAAAACCAGAAGAGUGAAUAUGUCAUGGCGUGCGGCAAGCACACAGUGCGCGGCUGGUGUAAAAAUAAGAGAGUUGGGAAGCAGUUAGCCUCUCAGAAAAUCCUUCAGCUCCUGCACCCACAUGUCAAGAACUGGGGGUCUUUACUACGCAUGUAUGGCCGUGAAAGCAGCAAGAUGGUCAAACAGGAGACCUCAGACAAGAGUGUGAUUGAGCUGCAGCAGUAUGCCAAGAAGAACAAGCCGAAUCUGCACAUCCUGAGCAAGCUGCAGGAGGAGAUGAAGAGGCUCGCCGAGGAGAGGGAGGAGACGCGAAAGAAGCCCAAGAUGUCUAUCGUGGCAUCUGCUCAGCCUGGUGGCGAGCCUCUGUGCACUGUGGACGUGUGA